AUGCGAUUCGCUUCGAAAAGGCAGACGCUGCAAGGGAUAGACGAAGAUGCCGGCGUCUCGCUACUGAUCGUCGAGCCGGAGGAUAUGUGGCAUGCGAACAACCUGAUCUCGGCUGGAGAUGUGAUCCGCGCUCCCGCUUUCCGCAAAGUCACGAUGACCACAGCCACCGGCUCUACAGUCGCCAAGGGCGUGCACACAAAGUUGUCGAUCAAAGUCAAGUCGACCUUCUUCGACCCGCUCGCCUCGGAACUCAAGGUCUCAGGCACGGUGGUCAACGAAAACGAGUGGGUCAGUGUUGGGCAACACCACACCAUCACGCUCAAGUACGAGAAGGCAGACAUCACGUUCACGAUAUGGAAGAGCCAUGGCUGGGACUCGGUGGCCACACAAACACUGAAGGAGGCGUUGAGCGAGGACAGACCUGAGGCGAUCGCCGCCGUCGUCAUGCAGGAAGGUCUGGCCAACAUCUGCCUGAUCACCGACUUCCGGACGAUCGUCAAGCAGCGGAUCGAGAGCGCAAUACCCAAGAAGCGCUCAUCUGCAAAGGAUGCGUCAGGGGGCAUGGCGGCCUUCUACGAGAAGACACUGUCAAACCUGCGGAAUGCCAUCGACUUCAGCAUACCCCGAACGCUGCUCCUCGCAAGCCCGGGGUUUGUCGCCCAGGACUUCCGCACAUACAUACAGUCCGAGGCUGCCAGGACAGGGGACAAAACCCUCCAGCGCAUCGCGAAGGAGGCGGUGGUAGUGCACUCUAGUACCGGGCACGUGCACAGCCUGAACGAGGUGCUGAAGAGCCCGGAGGUGAAGAGGACGAUGCACGACACAAAGUUUACGAUCGAGACGAACCUAAUGGACGAAUUCUACGACCGUCUGCGCAAGGACGACGGAAGGGCGUGGUACGGCACCAAACCGGUGGAGAAGGCCAUCGCCGAGGGCGCCGUUGGCCGUGGCGGGGGAGUGCUGUUGGUUAACAACGGGUUCUUCCGGAGUAUGGAGAUUGCGACGAGGAAGAAGUACGUUGGUCUCGUGGACAAGGUCAAGGAAGACGGUGGGGAGGUAAGGCUGCUCAGCAGUGACCACGAGAGCGGGAAGCGGUUGGAGGCGUUGGGCGGUAUCGCCGCGAUCCUGACGUACCCUAUAUACGAUCUGGACGAAGACGAUGAGGAAGACGAGGGGGGAGAGGCGGAUGUCAAUAAUCCAGCAAAGGAGAGUGCAGUACUAUGA